AUGGCCAACGCGCACCGGAAUAACGUGCUCGUGACGUCGUGUCUGAAGCAGCCGGUGGAUCCGCAAACCAGGGCGCCGCUAGCCUCCUACGAGCGGGAGAAAGAGACGCCAAACUCGGCCACGGUUUACGUGGACAACCGGGACGACUACCAAGAGAAGCAGGAUGAGGAGCCGCAGGAGGGCAUGCACGAGAAGGGGGAUGCGUCCAGUGUCACGCCCCAGGAGAAGGCGUGUACGGAGCGCAUGAACCUGCACGACAUCUUUUUUUCCAAUGAAGAGUAUUACAGUAAGCUUGAGGAUCUGAAGAAGGCUCACCUGCGCACUAUGGCUGAGCUGGAGAGCAUGUACCACCACAAAAUGCAACUGCACAAUAAGGCGGGCUCACCCUACAUGCACCAACGACAGCAUGGGUCAGUCGCAAAGCACUAUAGAUGUGUAUGGAACAACAACAACAGCGGUGGGUCACAACAUCUGAGAAAAUCUCGCUCUGCCGCGGAGCUCCUCAGAGAUUUAGGGACGAUUACGUCAUCUUCGUCCGAUGAGGCAGAAGAAGUGGAGAAAGGCCAGCUGUUCUCCCCCAAAGAAUACAUCAAAAACAUGUGGACCGACUUCAAGUUGUCACCUAGGACGCGCCACCUAUCCACAUCACUGCCAGGAGACCACAGCGACCUCCAGCCUCGGCGAAGGACCGGUCAACACGAGGUGAGCAUCUCGGUUCCCAAGGUGACGGUCCCUAAGCCCUUCCAGAUGACACUACGCGAGGCGGAACGCCGGCGGUGUGGCAUCAAAACGCGUUCUGAGGUUGAGCUGGAAAACGCCGAGCUGAGGCGGCAACUGGAGGAGAUGUCCGAGUGCCACAAGAAGUUUCGCGCCAGCCCCGUGCCGGCGCACCUUCACCUGCCGCUGUAUGAGGAGCUCCAGGAACGCCAGGAACGACGCAGAAACAUGCGGGAAGAGCGCCAUCUCAAAACCAAGCCUUUCAGCUUUCUGGAGAGGGAGCGUCUGAAGAAGGAGCAGCAGCAGAAGCAACAGAAAGAGCAGGAGCAGCCUGUUCAGCCAGAACGGCCAAAGCCCUUUAAGGCCAAGCCGGUGCCCAAGUCGGUGUACGCGGCGGCGGCGGGUGAGCUGAAAAAAGAGGAGCAGCUCUUCCGAUCCAUGAAGAAGCAGAUGAGAGCCGAGCAGAUGCUUCAGAGCGCCGCCGCGCCCCCGAGCACGCUAACCAAAAGACUGGCGGCGAGCAAGAAGAGCAAAGCCCAGCCCCAGACAUUCACCCACCGCCCGCACAUCAACAAGGACAUGCCCGACCACAACAACACCUUCAGACGCUUCCAGAAACGCAUGGAGAGGAACAAAGAGGUGAAGCCCACCACGGUGUGUGAGCCUUUUCAGCUGAGAACGGCCAAGAUCUCGCAUCGUGAGCGCACCCCGGCCGAGAAGCAGCAGAACAGCCCGCAGAUGCAUCGCUGGCCGUACGUUAAGAGCUCCAAUACGGCAAACUCCAGCCUCUGCUCGUCCCUCUCGGGGAGCAUGGAGCUCCUUCCGGCAAAGGACACGGAUGCCACAAAGAAACGACACGAGGCCGUGAGGCAAGCUCUGGAGCGCAGGAAGAGGGCCGAGCAGGAGGAGGCGCGCUGGACAGAGAGACAGAAGGAACGUGAGAAAAAUCUGCAGAAACUGGUGCAAAAGCGGGCCAGCGCCAACGACCCACACCUGGCACUCACGCAGACGCACGACCACAAACUCCAAGAAUUCAGAAAACAAGACCGCCAACGCAGGAAGGAAUAUCAACAGGAGAUUAGGGAGAUUGAAGAACGCGUGAAAGGCAGGCCACUGCUUCUUGAGCAAGUUGCUCAGAAGAACGCCAAGCAGGCGGCACAGAAGCAUUUCGCUGACACGCUGCACAAAGUGCACCUGAGUGAGGACUUUGUCAGCAGGAAGGCCGCGGCAGCACGCGCCCGCGCUGGUGGCACACGGAGCUCUGCUAACUCAGCCGGAACGCACACGGCUCUUAAGUAUCUGUGUCACGUGACUGUGACAUACAACAUCUCCCACACACAAGUUCGCGAGCCUUCGGAGUCUGAGGAUGCCGCCUUGGAGCUGGUCCACUACCGGAAGGUAUUAUUGGAUGACCAAGACCAGGAGGAGGAGCAGGAGGAAGAGAGAGAUAUAGCUUCACCUGCUGGCAGCGAAGGGGGCAAGCGGCAUCAUUCCGACAGAAGCUGUAACUACUCAGACGAUGAUGACCAUUACUCUGACGAGGGAGAGCGGGAUCAGAAGGAGGCUAAAGACGAGAAGCGGGAUGAGGACCAGGAACAUGCUUGA